AUGCCUCCAAAAACAAACUGUGCUGCAGUGACAGUCCAGUGCUACACUAUUCCCCCCAGAGGCCAAAAUAAGUCCCUCAAUGCUUAUACCGGAACUGUCUCCAUAUCCCCAACAAAAUGCUCUGUCUACGACAAGGAUUGGACAGAUUGUGGAGAAGACUUACUCGCCUGCCCAAUGGACUAUGAUGCAAUAUCAAUAAAGUUCUAUACCAUUCCCCCCAGAAGCCGUCGUAGGUCUCCCACUAAUAUUGCCAACAUUACUUACCUCCCCUUUAAUGUUUACAUUGGCAAAGUCAAUGCCAAUUCUGAUGACCUCCAUGUGCCGUACCUGGUCAUAAUUGAUCAAACUGCUCUGCACAGUCAUCUUCUGCCCCUCCAUCGCCACAAGAAAGCAUUUGUUUCUCAGACCUCUGCAACCGAGUCCAUUGCAGAAACUUUCGAAGGCAUCUCAAACUAUUUGAUCAUGACCCAAGAUAACAUCCCUACACCUCAUCCAUCUUCCAGACUUUCUACAUCCAUUCCUCCUACACUCAAAAUAACAGAUUCAACACAGCCCUUCAGGUACUUCCUAGAACCGUUGCUGAUGUUGGCACCAUUUUGCAAGACUCCAAUUAACAUCACACUUAAAGGAGUAACCAAUAAUAAGAUAGACCCAUCUGUAGACAUGAUCAGAUUGUCGUUGCUGCCUGUCCUGGAGAAGUUCUUAGUGAUAGAUGAAGGCUUGAGUUUGAAGAUGAUAAAGCGAGGACUUCCUCCCAAAGGCGAUGGUGUUGUUACAUUUACUUGCCCGGUUAGGAGGACACUUAAAGCAUUCCAGUGGGAAGAAUGCGGAAAAGUAAAGCGCAUCAGAGGCACUGUUUAUACCAGCCGAGUUGCUCCAACUGUAGGCAACCGUAUGUUAGACGCUGCCAAAAAUGAAUUCACCCAAUUUCUCACUGAUGUCUAUUUCAACGUUGACAAUGCCAAAGGAGUUUCGCCAGGGUAUGGCCUCUGCUGCACAGCCAGAACUAACAUGGGCACCAUGUACUGUGCUGAGGCCAUGUCACACCACCAGGGGGAGGGGCUGGAGGCAAGACUGCCCGAGGAUGUGGGAAGAGAAGCUGCAUGGAGGCUCAUGGAAGAAAUAUUCCGAGGUGGAUGUACAGACACACUUGGACAGCCCCUAGUCCUCCUGUUCAUGGCACUGGCAGCAAAGGAUAUCUCCAAGUUUGUCUGUGGACCUCUCACUCCAUACACGAUGCACUUCUUGAAACAUAUGCGGGAUUUCUUUCAAGUCACCUUCAAGAUCGAAGAAUACAGAGACAAGUCAAUAAGUUUUUCAGAUGAAGAAAAAGAGACACACACAGGUGCAGAGAAGCUAAUAUUAACUUGUGUAGGAAUUGGUUAUAGUAACAUUAGCAAAGGACAAAUUUAAAAGGUGUGUAUUUAUUUAUACUGGACUGUCAUACUUUCACAUCAUACAUAGAAUUAUAUUUUGUUCAGUGACUUAUUAUUGUAAUAAUAAUAAAAUAUAUUCCAUACAUAA